AUGCCCCUGGGGCAGAGUGGUGGAUAUGAUCUCAACCUCUUUGUCAGCCCCCCGGACUGUGCCUUGCUUUGUUCUGUCUGCCAUGGGGUCCUCAAGCGACCAGUGAAACUGCCAUGUGGUCAUAUCUUUUGCAAGAAAUGCAUCUUAACCUGGCUGGCCAGACAAAAGACAUGUCCUUGCUGUAGGAAAGAAGUGAAGAGGAGACUGAUGGUCCAGGUGCACAAACUCAGAAAAACCAUUGGCCGCCUGCAAGUCAAGUGCAAGAAUUCCCAGGCUGGCUGCUGUGUCACCUGUCCCCUAUCUCAGCAUAGGAUCCACCUGGACUCCUGCCCUUUUGAGUUUACCCCCUGCCCUAAUGCAGGCUGCAUGGCUAGGGUGCAGCGGGCAGCCUUAGCAGAACAUGACCGGAGCUGUGGACACAGGCAACAGCAGCACUGCCCCCUCGGCUGUGGGGCCACACUCACAGCUGUUGAAAGGGAGAACCACAAUUGCUAUCAGGAGCUCCGAGAGGCACGGGGCCGCCGGAGAGCGCAGGGCCGUGCCUUGGACUCCGUCCUUCGACAUCGAAGGAGGCGGAUCCACCGGGCCACCGGCCUCACCCGAAGGCAGCUGAUCCAGCUGGAGACCUUCCUGGAAGAGGAGGAAGAGGAAGGCAUGGAUGUGUCCAACAUCAACACCGAGGCACCCAGGGCUGCUAUGUGAUGCCUGCCCAGCUGGGUGGUCAGGACUCCUGCCCAGAUCCCCUCCCCU